AUGGAUGACGAAGACGAGCCGAGCGACUUAUUUGCUUUCAGUGAGGAUCUUGUGCAACUUCCCAAAUACAAAGCUGCCGGUGUGUCAACCGUGGACUUUGAUGGACUGCUCUCGACUCCAUUGAAGCUCAAGGAGGACUUGUCGGAGGGAUGUGGGGGCCAGCUUUGGCCCGCGGGCAUGGUUCUCGCCAAAUAUAUGCUUCGAGUGCAUAAAAAUAACCUGAAAGGAAAAACGAUAGUUGAACUCGGUGCAGGAGGCGGUCUCGUCGGCCUGGCCGUUGCAAUCGGCUCCCAGAUUGACCAGCCCCUUCUCAUCACUGACCAGAAGCCAAUGUUCGCCCUGAUGGAGCAGAAUAUUGUUCUCAACGGGCUAGAAACAAAAGCAAAAGCCGCGAUCUACGACUGGGGAGAACCAGCUCCGUCGGAAGUUCCAAGUCAUCCCGACAUCAUCCUUGCGGCUGAUUGCGUCUACUUUGAGCCUGCUUUCCCGCUUCUUCAAAAGACGUUAGAAGACCUCAUCGGGGAGAAGACCGUUUGCUACUUCUGCUUCAAGAAGCGGAGGAGGGCGGACCUGCACUUCAUGAAGGCAAUUCGAAAGAAGUUUGAUGUCAGGGAAGUGAGCGAUGACUCAGACAAGGUGUCUUAUCAGCGCGAGAACAUCUUUCUUCACACGAUUACGAGAAAAUGA